ACCAAAACAGAGUACGUGAGUCAGAUGCUUACUCAGAUCAAACGGUUUGCUCAGCAUCAUUGUUGCCGUGUUUGGUUUGUGGCGCAUCCUAGACAGUUGCACCAGUGGACCGGGGGUCCUCCCAAUCUCUAUGAUAUAAGUGGAAGUGCACACUUCGGAAAUAAAUGUGACAACGGAAUUGUAAUCCAUCGGAAUCGGGAUCCGGAGGCUGGGGAGAUGGAUCAAGUACAAGUGAGUGGUGUAACCUAUGACAUGGUUCUUAUUGUUGUCACUGUCGUCGUAAUUAAUGAUAUCCGGUGAGUUUCCUGACUUCCGGCGGGUGUUUUCAUGUCGCGAAAUAGCAUGGCCGGUGUUUUUAUGAAACGGCACUCAACUACUCGGGAGGUUUACCUUCAAAUUUUGUAUGCUAAUUUUUUCUCUACUAUUGGAGAAGUGAUUUAUUGAGUAUCUGUGAUCAAGGUGUAUUCAAUGUAGAAAAUUCAUGCUAAUAUUAUGUGUUUUGGA